AAAAUUCUCGUUUGUGCAAAGCACGUGGAUCUUCAAAAUAAUAGAUAUAUACACACACCCAUGAUUUUCCACUAUACUGAUGAAUGGUCACGAGUACAAGAUGAACUUGCCAUUAGUAUACUUUGAUAUGUCUGCAGAUGAUAAACCACUGGGACGAAUUAUAAUGCAAUUACGGACUGACGUUGUGCCAAAGACAUCAGAAAAUUUUCGUGCCUUAUGUACAGGAGAGAAGGGUUAUGGUUAUAAAGGAAGCUAUUUCCAUCGUAUAAUUCCAAAUUUCAUGUGUCAAGGAGGUGAUUUUACGAAUCACAAUGGUACAGGUGGAAAAUCCAUCUUUGGAGAAAAGUUCGAAGAUGAGAAUUUCGAACUCAAACAUACUUCCUCAGGUACAUUAUCAAUGGCAAAUUCUGGCCCGAAUACAAAUGGCUCACAAUUUUUUAUUACUACCGUAAAAACGCCUUGGUUGGACAACAAACACGUUGUGUUUGGGAGUAUUCUUGAUGGAAUGGAUGUUGUAAGAAAAAUUGAAAGUUAUGGUUCAUCGAGUGGGAAGACAUAUCAAAAGAUUAUGAUAGCAGAUUGUGGUCAAUUCUCAUAA